AUGGAAAACCAGAGAAAGCGAAAGUUGGAGACUAUUGUCGCGUCGGAACGCCAAAAGCGAGCCAAGCUACUCGAGAGAAUACCCGUGAGGCGCGACCUUCUGGAACGUCAUUACAGCAGGGUCACCUCGUUGAGAGAAUAUGUCCUCUCCCAGUUACCUCAUGGAUCUCGACUCCGACGGAAGAAAGUGGCAUUCAUCGGCGAAGCAAACAAUGCCAGAGAGAUUGAGAAGACUUUAUCACGACUCCUAGACACGUCACUUGUUUGUUUUGCCCAUCAAAAAGCCGACAACGAUGACACGAGAUGGGAGCAAUGGCUAGCAUUCUCACAGAGAGAGGACGAGUCUUAUGUCAGUCUUUCCGAUGGGAUUUCUGGAUCAAUAUUCUCCCAAAAUGAGAUCGUAGAUUUUGUUGUAUGGCGUCUCUUCUCUAGAGAGGUUCAAGUCGGACGACGACCCAAGCACUUGUUGUGUGACGGGUUUAGGAAAUCAGCCGGACCAGGCGACCAAGGAACUACAACUAUUCCUGGACUCUUUAACCUCUUUCCGAACUCUAACGUUGAGGCGCUGAGGGAAAACCCUUGGCCACAAUUAUUGGCCCUUCUUGGCAGAGCUGGAGAGAAAAUCAUGAUCAAUCUCCUUGUUGACGCCUCUAUAUAUUUAGAGGUUGAAGCAGGUUUCAACAAUUAUUAUCAACUGACAGGUGUGCCACUUGCAGAGCUUGACCUUCAUGGAGGCAGUCUGUCAAUGGCUGAAGGAUCUAAAAGCGAAGCACGCAAACCUAUAGACAUAACUCUAGUGAGAAGCAGAAUGUUCUAUGCUAAGCCAUCCCUCACGGCACAAGGACACGUUCAGCCCGGCUAUAAGCACAUUCACGUGCUGAAUCGGUACAAGAACGCUCCCAUGUCCAACGACCUAGAGAUCCAGCGCCAAGGUACAAUCAAGGUGAUGAUGUACAUAUUUCCUCGGCAAUUCAGACUUCACAACGUCUUUACUUCUCAGGUCGACCCCACGAUAACCUCGCAGAAGUUUCAAGACUAUACGUUGAGAGAAGAAGAGAUUGCUCCCUAUUUUCAAACAAAAGCAGGAGACACCGGGUCGCAAACGCCAAAAAUACCCAAGAGGCUUCGUGGAUAUACUGAAGAACUUGUGAAACGCUUGCAAGUUCUCCACGGCCGGUGUUCAUAUAUAGAGCUCUUGAAGCACCACUGCCCCUGCACUUUUGACAGGCCAUCGCGAACUAGGAAGCCGAGGACCAAGAAGAGUCUCAUAUCGCCUCGAAAGUUUCUUUCAUCACAACGCCCGACGACGGGUUCAUACUACAAGUGUGCUUCAUCUCAGAAGCAAUCCGAGCCAGGGCUCUUGAACACGCAAGCACCAGCACUUCCAUAUCAUAAAUCCCUGGUAGAGCUAGCCACCCCGUCAUCUCAGGUCUCAUCGUUUUGUCAAGCCGUCUUGUCCAAGAUUAUCCCCGGAGAUUUCUGGGGGGAUGAUGCCGUACAGAAACGCAACAAGUUCACUAUCAUGCGAAGCGUCGAUCGUUUCAUCAGGCUCAGGCGCUUUGAAACCAUGUCGCUACAUGAAAUAAUACAAAAUAUGAAGAUGGCAAAAAUCUCUUGGCUUCACUCACCAGUUCUGAGCGACCAAAGACCAAGCAAAACUGAUACUGCAAAGCGCCUGGAAAUUUUUAAUGAAUUCAUUUAUUUCGUUUUUGAUUCUCUCUUGAUCCCUCUGAUCCGAAACACCUUUUAUGUUACUGAGUCUAACACUCAUCGAUAUCAAGUUUUCUACUUUCGCCAUGAAGUUUGGAGACAUAUAGCAGAGCCAGCUAUGAUGGAACUUAGAGCAGACAUGUUUGAAGAGGUCAAGUUGGAUGAUGCGCUGCAGGUAUUACGUUCCCGAAAGCUGGGCUUUAGCCAAGUUCGACUCCUUCCAAAAGGUAACAAACUUCGCCCCAUCAUGAAUCUCCGGCGCAGGGUUAUGACCAGGGCAUCUUCAAGCAAGCUUGGGCGUAGUAUAAACACUAUCUUGGGUCCCGUGCAUUCGUUGCUGAAGCUAGAGAAGAGGAUCAACCCGUCCAAGUUGGGUUCAACCAUGUUCUCCGUCAGCGAUAUUUAUUCCCGGCUGAAACUAUUCAAGCAAUCUCUGGGCCCUGAAUAUGGUAAAUUGUACUUUGUCAAGGCUGAUGUCAAGGCUGCUUUCGAUACCAUCCCACAAGAGGCAGUUGUCAAUCUGAUGAAGUCCGUGCCAAGUCAGUCGAAAUAUACCAUCAUGAAACACGCAGAAGUGAAGCCUGGGGAACGAGCAGUGGUAGCUGACGACAAGUCCUCGUCCAAAGCUAUCCGACGAUGGCAUGCAACAGCCUUGAGCGAGAAGGAAAACCCAGAUUUCAUCAUACGGCUUGAGCAAAACCUGGCUCAAAACAAGAAAAAUACUGUCUUUGUGGGCAGCGCUUUACGCAAUACUCAUAACAUUGGAGAACUGAUGCAUCUUCUCAGGCAACAUGUCGAGCAUAAUCUCGUCAAGAUUGGAAAGAAAUAUUACAGACAGAAAAUCGGAAUCCCUCAAGGCUCUGUGUUAUCUUCAUUCUUAUGCAAUUAUUUCUAUGCUGACCUUGAAGUUAAACAUCUGAACUUCCUUCGUUCGCCAGACUGCCUACUGUUACGCCUCAUUGACGAUUUUCUUCUAAUCACCCAAGACCAGGAAAAGGCGAUCAAGUUUGUCAACGCUAUGCACGUGGGGUUUCCUGAGUAUGGCGUUGCGGUCAACCCGACCAAGACCAUGGUCAACUUUGACAUGCUAUUUGAUGGUGAGCCCGUGCAGAAGUCUAACCAUGAGAAAGGAUUCCCCUACUGCGGAACCACUAUAAACUGCAAGACACUGGAUAUCACCAAGGAUAGAGACAGAGAUGUAAAUAUUGAUGUAUCUGCUUCUCUCACGGUCGACUUCGGCCGCACACCUGGCCAAAAUUUUCAGCGAAAGGUUCUAAACGCUUUCAAGAUUCAAUCUCAUCUGAUGUUUUAUGACACAUCCCAUAAUGCAAACCGAACCGUUCUUAACUCGCUUCGAAGUACUUUUGUUGAGACUGCGAGUAAAAUGUACGCUUACUUGCGUUGCCUCGGAAAGACACAGCAACCGAGUAGUGAAAUGAUACUCCGAACAAUCGCUAAAGUGAUCGACGUUGCCUUUCUGCUCUUGACUAGCAGAUCUAGGGUGAUGAGAUAUCCCCAGUACAUCUGUGACGUGCGAAAAUCGCAAGUUGCUCUAAAUGCGUGCCUUGCUUUUGAGAAGGUAUUGGCAGCAAAACAGACCAACUAUCAGCCUGUUGUGAAGUGGCUUCGUAAUGAAGCUGAUAGGCUUGCUUCGGGCCAGAAAUACGAGCUCCUGCGGGUUUCAUGA